AUGAAUAAUUCGUCGUCGACAUCGACGAAUUUAAUUUCUGAACAACGUCUUGGUGAAUUUAAGCGUAUUAUUGAAGGUUAUCUAUUAUCUAUAGUAUGUAUAUGUGGUUUAUUAGGUAAUGCAUUAACAUGUGUGAUAUUAUCCAGUCGUGUUAUGCGUACCUCAACAACAAAUAUUUAUAUUUUUGCAUUAUCAUGUGCAUCAUCAUGUGUUUUAAUUGGAUUUUUAUUAACACAUGGUAUACGUUCGACAUUUCAGGCUGAAACUUUUUAUCUACAUAUAUUUACAAGAAUAUUUCCAAUACAUUUGACAUGUAUACUUAUACAAAUAUAUUUAACAGCAACUGUUGCUCUUGAUCGUUUUAUUCUUAUAUGUUUGCCAUUUCGAGGUCAAAAAUGGCGUAGUCCACGACAUGCAAUAUUUGUUGUUUUAUGUGUUACAUUAUUUUGUGUAGUAUAUUGUAUACCAUUUUGGUUUGAAUAUACACUUGUUAAAACCAAUAAUUCAACAAAGAUAAAAAUAUCAACAAUUGGUGCACAUCCAAUAUUUCGUUUAGUAAUGCGUAAAUAUCUUUAUUUUGUUUUUGUUUUUCUUAUUCCAUUAUCAACUAUUAUUUUAUGUAAAACAAUGAUUAUUAAAAAAUUAUAUGCAGUACGUAGACGUAAACGUUUAUUAAAUUCAUUAUCAAAACAAAAUCGUUCAUCAAAUGCAAUUAAUUUUUUAUUAUUAUCAAUUGUAUUCGUAUUUCUUCUAACACAAUUACCUUAUUUUGUAUUUAAUGUUCUUUAUUCAUGGUUAGGUCCACAAUUAAUGGCUAAUUUACUUGCAAGACAAUAUUUAUCUAUUAAUAAUCUAUUAUCUGUUUUAAAUGCUUCAUCAACAUUUAUACUGUAUGCGUUUUUUGAUCGAAAAUUUCGACAAGUUGGGCAACAUUUCUUAUUCUGCGAACCAUUACCAGCUAGUUUCGAUACUCCAGGUGGUGCAACACGUGUAUCGAAUCGUAAUCCAAGUUUAUUUUUUUCAAAUUCAAAAUCAUCUCGUUCAUCAAUACAUUUCUUUAAAAAUCAUCGAUAUUCAGCAACUGUAAAUAAUAAUAUGCGAGAAUUAACAAAACACGAAUUAAUCGAUGCUAGAUUAACAUCAGCGAAUAGUGUUCCACUCUUCGAUAAAAUAGAACCAACAGCAACAAUUGAUUGA